UUUCAUGUUUACUAGCACCAAAACAGGUUCAGAUUCAUUAUUAUUUGCUCCACAUCGUGAUCAGGUUACUGUUUGAUCAGCUGGUGAAACUUAAGAAUAAAUAGAUGUGUAUUUCCUCAGCUGGAGAUUUUGUUUUCCCUGUGGUGCAUUUUGUUUAACUGGUGAUUAUAGUACACUUCAGCAGCCGAAUGGAUCCACUGGUAUUUCUAAGUCAUGAUCAGCUUAUUACAUUUUUUCAAGUUAAGAAGACGGAGAUGUCUUGCAUGGGGGAACCGAGCACCUUCCUGAACCAGCUUCGAGACUACAAUCUGGUACCUGAGGAACUCUACAAGAAAGUAAUAAAGAUGAAAAAAAAGACGAGAAUUCAGCAUGGUGUAUAUGAGAUUCUGGACUGGGUGGAGAAAGAACGUGGAAAUCUCAUAAAAACGUUUUGGGAAUGUAUGUUUAAGGAUCACAUCAUGCACCAAUAUCCCAUUUUCCAAGUCUUCAAAAACAGCAUGCUGGACAGACCCUUAAUGGGUUGUGAAAAGCUUCCUGAUGUGGAGAAUCCAAGCAGAAAUGAGGAAGUUGAGAGAAAAAAGGAAGAGCAAAAGAAGAGUUUAAUAGAGCAACAGAAAAGUACUAAAGAGUCAGAUGGUGAGAAACCAGGCCCUUCUUCUGCGUCCAGCCAGAAGAACCCAACCAUGAAUCCCAGUCUCUCUCUACUUCCUGUAACUUGCGGAGAUAAAAAGGAAUGUUGUGUCCCGACAAGUUUGCCAAAGGAGAGAAGUGUAUUUUGACUGAGGGCCACUGGUCCACAACAGGUGACUUUGAGAGAAUUUCAGGAAAAGGAGGUAACAAGAAUUGGAAAUUAAGCAUCCGCUACCAGAACAUUCCACUGCUGACCCUUCUGAAGGAGGGUCAAUUACAGUAUCCAGUCAAUGCCAAAGCUGACAUUCGGAAAGUAAAGAAGAGAAAGAAUCUUGCAUCAUGCUGUGUGGAAAGCCCCGCCUUCCAGCACACCACUGGUGCUAAGAGCAAGCCCUUGAAUCCCCCUGACCUGCAGCUGGAACGGGUUAAAGAUCGUAAAUGUUUCAUUUGUAAUGAAGAAGGAAAGUUGGUGCACUGUACAGAGUGUUUACAUGCUUUUCACCAUCGCUGCCACUUACCACCACUGAAGGACCAAACCCCUGGAGGCAACUGGAUGUGCACAUUCUGUGUGUUUAAGGAAAACCAGCAAUUCCAGAAUCAAGCGCAAAGGGAAGCUGUUUUAAACAGUCCGAUUUCAGAAAACCUCACGCACUGUGAGUAUUUGCUGUUGUGUCUGUAUAAAGGGGACGAACUGCAUGUGUUUACCACCAACCCAAAUAUGGAGUGGUCUCCUGUGAUCUCGGAGCCCAUGUGGCUGAACAAAGUGAAGAACAAGCUGGAGUUUAACAUAUACAGGACAGUCGAAGAGUUCGUAAACGACAUCCAUCUAAUCUUUAACAACUGCAGAAUUUUGAACAAUGAUAAUGAAUUUGGUACAAUCGGAGCCAAACUACAACGGACCUUUGAGCGCGAGUUCCAGUGGAUUUUUAACAUCAAGUAGCUCUUUUACAAUCCUGCAUCUUUCUGCAGGUUAAUAUUCAAUAAAAAAGAUUGAAAUGUUAUAUUUUGUAAUGACAUUAAAACUCCAUUGUUAACAUAUAAUACCUACAUUUAUAUUACAAAUUUUCCAGUUUUAUUUGUCAUAUGUACUGAUGUCACUGACAGUUUGUACAUAAAUAUAUUAAGUGAGGCUUCAGGCAAACUACAGCAAUAAUAAAGAAAGUUCCAUCGAUAUGUAACGGGGUAUAGUU